AUGAAGGUACAAAUUGUUUUGAUCGUCUGCUUCGCUGUAUGCAGCUGGGCCCGCACUGUUUCCGAGGAGGAAGUACAAGAUGUGGCCAAUGCACCUGUAAGCGAAGACGUUCACGCCGAAACUUUGCGUUUAGAAACGGAAAAUAAUGGCGUUGAUAAAUACUCGUUCGCCUAUGAUACUAGUAACGGUAUCUCACGCUCCGAAGAGGGUGAACUAAAGACCACUGAAGAGGGAGCCGCUAUUGUGGUACAGGGUACUACUUCGUGGAUUGCACCCGAUGGCAAAAGAUAUGAAUUUUCUUUCAAUGCCGAUGAAACCGGCUAUCAUCCUAUUUUCAAAUUGGUGGCUUAA